AGUCGUCUCCGGUCCUGGAGAACGCGGGUUAAAUAGCUCCCAUUCUCUACAUGUUAUGAUUGCUGUCACCUCCACCCCGCUUCGCGUGGUUGCUUGCUGGCUGACUUGCCCCUCUAUUUAUUUUGGCUAAGGUAGGGCUGCUACAUACGUAUUUAGUAUGCGCAUUCACGGAGGAUUAGUGUCGGAAAAUAGGAAGUUGGAUGUGGAGUGGUAGAGAAAUGCGAAGAAAGAUAUAGAGUGAGCUCCCCGCUGGUCUUUUUCUUUUUUCUUUCCUUCAAAAAAUAUAUUCAAUUUCUUAUCCUUCUACUCCUCCCCUUCUUUCCUUCUAUAAAAAAAAAAUUGUCUUCUUGCCGUUAGAUUGUACCUACUACAAGCAAGAUGUCUUCUCCCACCGUCAAGCUUAACAGUGGUUAUGACAUGCCCCUUGUGGGCUUUGGACUGUGGAAAGUCAACAACGACACUUGCGCAGACCAGGUCUAUGCAGCUAUCAAGGCUGGUUACCGUCUUUUCGACGGAGCUUGCGACUACGGAAAUGAAAAAGAAGUUGGCCAAGGUAUCGCUCGGGCUAUCAAGGACGGCCUCGUCAAGCGUGAAGAAUUAUUCAUCGUCUCCAAGCUCUGGAACACAUUCCACGACGGCGACAAAGUCGAGCCUAUUGCCCGCAAGCAACUCGAUGACCUGGGCCUUGAUUACUUUGACCUUUACCUGAUUCACUUCCCCGUCGCACUCAAAUGGGUCGACCCUGCUGAGCGCUAUCCUCCCGGAUGGACCGCUCCCGACGGCAAGGUCGAGUUCAGCAAGGCUACUAUCCAAGAGACAUGGCAAGCUAUGGAGUCGCUGGUCGACAAGAAACUCUCCCGCAGCAUCGGUAUCAGCAACUUCAGCGUCCAGCUUAUCAUGGACCUAUUGCGACAUGCUCGCAUUCGUCCUGCCACUCUCCAGAUUGAGCAUCAUCCAUACCUCCAACAGAAAGAACUCAUCAAGUAUGUCCAAAGCGAAGGCAUCGUGAUCACCGCAUAUUCCUCCUUUGGACCCCUGAGCUUUAUCGAAUUGGACAUGAGCAGCGCCCAUAACACACCUAAGCUCUUCGACCACGAUGUCAUCAAAUCUACUUCCCAGAAACAUGGCAAGACCCCGGCUCAAAUUUUGCUUCGAUGGGCCACCCAGCGAAACAUUGCCGUCAUUCCCAAGAGUAAUGACCCGACCCGUCUCAGUCAGAAUUUGGACGUUACCGGAUGGAGUUUGGAGCAGUCGGAUAUUGAUGCUAUUAAUGGAUUGGAUUUGGGACUUCGUUUCAAUGAUCCUCUUAACUACGGUAUCUACAUUCCUAUUUUCGCAUAGACACGCUCGUAUCGGGUGUGACGAGUAUGAUAGCUCGUUCUGCAAUGAUAGAUGAAUGAUGAUCAAUGUGC